AAAUAAUUAUGAUUGGGCUUUUAGUCACCCCCAGUAUUGACCCGUAUUAUGCCUAACCCGAAAGAAAGCCCUAAGAGCCGUCAAUUAAAUCUAGCUCCAGCUAUAUGCAGUCCAUUCAUGCUCUUUAUUUUUAGACAGAUCCAUAGUGAGAUUUACACCAUCAAUCAAGAUUAAAUAAAAAUGACUUCUUUUGGUUCUUGCCAUCUUUGCUAAAGAAGGGGAUGUUCAUAAGAACACUUCAUCCACGGGAGCAUAAUCGCCAAAAAUAAAACCUUGCAAGGUUCAGAUUUGUGUAAAUGCAGCAAUCAACACUACCACCGCACAUGGCGGCGGUACCAGGAGCUUCAGCGGCGGAGUCCAACGAGGCGAAUGGAGAUGCGCCACCGAAGCAGGUGGCAAUGGCACUGGAGCGGCUGGGGCAGGCUAGUCGACUCAUAGCUGAUAUCAGACUUGGCGCAGAUCGGCUUCUGGAAGCCCUAUUUGUGGCAGCUCAGCCACAACACUCUUCUAAACCUUUGCAUCUUAUCCUCAAAGAAGAAGAUUCCAUGAGACAACACCUUCAAGACCUUCGCUCUGUUGGAAGGCAGUUGGAGGAUUCUGGUGUUCUCAAUGAUUCCCUUCGAUCACGAAGUAAUUCAUGGGGCCUCCACAUGCCCUUGGUUUGUCCCGAUGGUGCUGUUGUUGCAUAUGCAUGGAAGAGACAACUUGCUGGUCAGGCUGGUGCAUCUGCAGUUGAUAGGACCAGGUUAGCUCUCAAGGCCUUUAAUGAUCAGAAAAGACGAUUUUUCCCACACCUUGAUACCAAUUGUGGUGGGGAGGGCGUGACAAAGAAACUUUGUGGUCCUCCAUCAACUGAUCAAGAAGAAACUUGUGAACUGAAAACAGUGUCUGAAGUUUUGACACAUCUGAAAAAGGAGGUUCCAAAUGUAAUAACUUUCUCCUACCAGCGUUUGGAUUGGUUAAAGCGGGCAACCUCAUUGCCUUCUUCGACCAGUGAAAAUUCUAUUGAAUUAUCGAAAGAGAAUACUUUCCGAAGCACGACAACGUUAAGACAAGGAUCAUCUGAUGAUGUUAUUCCAGACAAGGUUGCUAUAAUCGAAUUGUUGAUUCCUUCUGUUUUUAGAGCCAUAGUAUCAGUUUCCCCUGCUGGUUCCUUGGAUCCUGAUGCUGUAGCUUUCUUCUCGCCAGACGAGGGUGGUAGCUAUGUACAUGCGAGGGGAUUUUCAGUUCAUCAUGUAUUUAGGCACAUCACGGAGCAUGCUGCUAUGGCUUUACAGCAUUUUACGGGUGUUGGUACGGAGACAGCCUUGCUUUCUUUGCUGUUGUGGGUCUGCAGCUACCAGACUUUGUUCUCAAAAGUUUGCAGCAAGUGUAGUCGUCUACUAUCAAUGGACAAAGAGUCUGCUAUGCUACUGCCUCCUGUUAAUCGCCCUUACCGGAAUUUUUGUGCGGGAAAAUUCUUGUCAAAGUCCGUCUCAAAAGAGGAUCAAAGUGUGGAUUCUACUCAGGGUUUUCAUAUCGGCUGCUUUUCUGAGGAAGCAUAGAAAAUCAGCUUUCUGACACCUUAACUGAAACAUUGUACAAAGAAAUUCUAAAUCUAUAAAUAGGCUUUCAACUAUUUGGACCUCUUCCCAACCAGAUAUUAUCUGCUUUUGUACUUUCUUUGUUUUCUUGCAUUUACAUUUAUUUCCUUCUAAUCAUGCUUGAUCUUGAAGAUUGUGCUAAGAAAUGUCAAAUUUAUAGGCGUUGUAGUUCAACAACAAAAAGAAGGUACCUCAUCCACUUUGAUUAUAAAUGUAGCACUUUGAAUUGUA